CUUAUUACGAGUAACAUAAAAUUGCUUUCCUCUUGGGGGCCUGAAGGUUGCCAGAACGGAACACUUACAAUUGAUGCUCCCGUAGGCGAUAUCCAUCGAUAGGAAGAUGCAGAAGGGGACGAUUGACAUGAAGGGUUUCCGAUGGUGGGCGGUUAAGCUAAUCGGUUUGGUACCGGAAAGGGUUGAAAAUGGGUGAUAAAAGAAUGAAGAAUCAUAUCAAGGGCGUAGUGGGGGAUCCAAAUUCCAUACAGUGGUUGUACUCACAUCUCUCAAAGACCAGUGGAAAAACACGCCUCCAAGUUGGGAGAAAUCAGACGAUCCUUGUGGAGGAUCCUGGGAAGGAGUAGCCUGCAAAAACUCUAGGGUUACUGCAUUGUGAGGGACCUUUCCUCAGUAUAUAUCUUUGACUAAGUUUAGCAGACGCUAUUUUAUGUCAUAACUUGUCCGUUGUGCUGUUUCUACUACCUGAGACCUGUCAUUUAACCGAGACCUCACAGGCUCUAUCUCUGUAAGGAUUGGAGAUCUGCAUAAACUAAGCAUAUUAAACAUGGCACAUAACAAGCUGUCUGGCUCACUACCUGACCUGAAUGGAAUGAACUCUCUUAAUUACUUGGAUUUGAGUAACAAUUCCUUCCAGCAGUCAGAAGCUCCCGUCUAGUUUUCAACUCUACGAUCACUUACAACUCUGGUGAUCGAAUAUGGCUCACUUCAGGGACCAGUACCUCAGGAACUUUUCAGUUUCCCCCAGAUUCAACAACUGAAGCUUCGGAACAAUGCCUUUAAUGAGACUUUGAAUAUGGGCAGUAGCAUAAGUCACCGAUUGCAACUCGUGGAUUUCCAAAACAAUGAGAUAUCAUCAGUAACCCUUGGCUCAGGGUACAGAAAGACACUGAUAUUAAGAGGGAACCCAGUUUGCACCUCCCCACUUGCUAAAACUGACUAUUGUCAGCUUCAGCAACAAGCUGCAACCCCGUACUCUACCAGUCUAGCCAACUGCGGAAGCAAAUCAACUUGUUCCUCUGAUAAAAAACUUAGCCGCAAAGUUGUGACUGUGCGUACCCAUAUGAAGGAACAUUAUACUUCAGGGCACCCUCCUUCAGGGAGUUGUCCAAUGUUGAAUUGUUCCAGUCUCUUGAAAUGAGUCUUUGGCUAAAAUUAGGACUCAGCCUUGGCUCAGUCUUUCUGACGAACCCCUUUAUCAACAUGGAUGACUAUCUUCUGGUGCAUGUAGAACUCUUUCCAUCUGCAGGAAUGUAUUUCAAUAGGUCAGAAGUUCAGAGGAUUGGAUUUUUCUUAAGUAAUCAGACAUUUAAGCCACCUCCGAAAUUCGGGCCUUACUAUUUCAUAGCAUCUCCUUACACUUUUCCAGCUGAGCAUGGUGGAACAUCCAUAAUAAGCUCAAGGCUGAUGAUUCUCGGAGUAACUGUUGGUUGUGCGUUUUUGGUUCUGUUGCUCACUGGUUUGGGAGUUUAUGCAGUUCAACAAAAGAAACGUGUUGAAAGAGCAAUUGAACUGAUAAGACCUUUUGCAUCUUGGGCUCCAAGCAACAAAGACAGCUGUGGCAUACCCCAGCUUAAAGGGGCGAGAUGGUUCUCUUAUGAUGAACUCAAGAAAUGCACAAAUGACUUUGCUCAGAGCAAUGAGGUUGGUUCCGGGGGAUAUGGCAAGGUGUAUAGAGGAAUACUCUCAUGUGGGCAAGUGGUGGCCAUUAAAAGAGCUCAACAUGGAUCAAUCCAGGGGGGACUAGAGUUCAAAACUGAAAUCGAAUUACUUUCUCGGGUACAUCACAAGAACCUUGUUGGUCUUGUGGGAUUUUGUUUUGAACAAGGAGAACAAAUGUUGGUGUAUGAAUUUAUGUCAAAUGGAAGCUUAAGGGCAUGUUUGUCAGGUAAGCUAAAAUGGCUUUAGGUCACUACCUCAAGAACAAAAGCCAAUGAGAUAGAAAUAAUGAAUCAUAAUUGAAAUUUAGAAAAUCAGACUCGAAUUCUCUAGAAUAUAUAAUACGAGCAGGGGGUCUUCUAUACUCUAUAUAUUUAAUAUACACACACACAUAUACAUAUACACAAAUGUUCCUCGAGUAUACGUGACUGGAGCCUCCGUCCGGUCACCAUGUUUUGAGGUGGUUCCCAGAGGAAUUUUUUGAUGAAUUUUUUUGAGCAUGUUCUUCAUCAUGUCUAGUAUAUCCAUACCAAAUUUCAGCAAAAAAUUCGAUCGGGAAGGCAUUCAAAUGAUUUUUUGAAAGAUAACUGCGUUUUAUAUGUAUAUAAAGGGCGCAGUUAUCCUUCAAAAAUCAUUUGGCUGUCUUCCCGAUUGAAUUUUUUGAUGUCUUCCAGAUUGAAUUUUUUGCUGAAAUCUGGUAUGGAUAAACUAAACUUGAUGAAGAACACGCUAAAAAAAAUUCAUAAAAAAAUUCCACCAAGAACUACCUCAAAACGUGGUGGCCGGACGGCGGCUCCGGUCAGGAAGAUUACUCUAUACAUACAUACAUACAUACAUACAUACAUACAUACAUACAUACAUACAUACAUACAUACAUACAUACAUACAUACAUACAUACAUACAUACAUACAUACAUACAUACAUACAUACAUACAUACAUACAUACAUACAUGCACACAUAUAGAUACACACAUAUACAUACACACGCAUAUAUACAUACAUAUUUACAUAUAUGUAUGUAAAAACAAAACAAAAAACAAAAAAAUUACUUACAUAUUUACAUACAUAUGUAUAGAGGAUUGCUCACCUCUGAACUAUUGGACCAAAUUUGUGUCCGAACUUGACAAAAAAACAAAUGGUGGGUCUAACAAAAGGGGGACUUCAGUUAAAAUGAGGGACCAAGUCAAAUAAUAAAACAUACAAUCACUUUUUUAAGCUUCAAAGCAGCAGUAGUACCCGUGCAUACGCAUGGGAUAGAGCAGUUGGUGCAUAUAUAUUUACUCAUGAUCCAAUUAAAUAUUAAAAUAAAAAGAACUUUAUAGGAUUUUUUUGCUAGACUUUGUAGUCUCUCUUUAUAGUAUAUGUUCAAUACUUCAUUGUUAAAUGUCAACAUCCUUGACUGGGAUGAGUUUCAAACUUUGUGACUUCCUCCUUGGGAGUGUCAAAGUGAUGUUAUCGAACCACAAAAUGUAAGCCCGUAAAAUAUACAUUCAAUGUCAAGUAUAUUAGGAAAAGUUUUAUUUGAAAGAGUAUAUUAGGAAAAGUUAAUUGACACUACUCAUUAGAAUUUGCUACUUAUUCAUUUUCAUGAUUAGAUUAAUUUUAAACUUAAAUAAUAUUCUUAAAAAGUGAAUACAAUAAGUGAGUGACGUGAAGUUUAAGUGAAUAAAAUAAAUAUUAAAAUUGACGAAUAUUAGGUAAAUAAUAAAUUGCCAUUCAUUAGUAAAAUAGUGUUAACAUAUGUGAGAGAAAAUUAGAAAAUUCUGUUGCUCAAUUCUUAGCCGGCUUAUCUUGUUAUACCUAAAACAACUACAUAUGAGAAAAAUUCUCCCACCCGGACCAAUUGUUAGCCGGAUUAUCUUAUCUUAUACCUAAAAUCACUAUGUAUGAGAGAAAAAAUUAUACUCUUCAAUUGUUAGUCGGCUUAUCUUAUACUAAAAAGAACUACAUAUAUAUGAUGAUUCCUCCGCUCAAUUGUUAGCAACUUUAUCUUCUAAUAACUAAAAUCACUACAUAUGAGAGAGAUAAAUUUUUCGCUUAAUUAUUAGCAAACAAGCUUAUCAUGUCUUAUCAAAAAAUACUACAUAUGAGAGAGAACAUUCUCCCGUUCAAUUAUUAGUCGACUUAUGUUAUACUUAAAAGCACUACAUAUGGAAGAUAAAAUUUUAACGCUCAACGGUUAGCCGGAUUAUCUAAUAUGCGAAGGGAGUACUUAAGAAGAACUACCCGUGAGAGUGAAAGUUCUCUCACUAAAUUGUUAGCAAGUUUGUCUUCCUAGUUUCUUCUUAUAUGCCUAAAAGCACUACAUAUGAGAGAAAAUUAUUCCGCUCAAUUGUUUAGUUUUCUUAUCUUAUACUUAGACCUACACAUGAGGGAGAAAGUUGCUCCGCUCAAUUGUUACCAAGGUUAUCUUCUACUACGUAAUACCUAAAAGCACAUAUGAGCAAUAAAAUUCUCCCGCUCAAUUCUCCUUCUCAAUUGUUGGCACUGUUUUGCACUGCUUGGUGCAGAGUUGUUUGCUAAAUAAGGAAGUGUAAAGUUUAAUAUGAGACUGUCCAAAAGGAAAGUGUAAACUUAAUUUAGAACCGGAGGGGGUACUUAAAAGAACUAUAUAUGAGAGAUAAAGUUCUUUCGCUCAAUUUUUAGCAAGUUUAUCUUCUAAUAACUAAAAGUGGUACAUAUGAGAUAGAACAUUAUAUUGCUCAUUUGUUAGCCGGGUUUUCUUAUACGGUUAUACCCAAAAGUACUAUAUAUGAUACAAAAAGUUCUCUCUCAAUUGUUAGUUGGAUUAUGUUAUAGUUAAAAGCACUGCGUAUUGAGAUGAGAGAUAUAUAUAUAUCUCGCUCAAUUGUCAGACGGCUUAUGGCUUAAUCUUUCUUAUAUCUAAAAGCAUCACAUAUUUUGUUACGGAAGAAGUACUUAAAAACACUACAUAUGAGAGAGAAAAUUAUUCCGCUCAAUUGUUAGGCGACUUAUCUUAUACCUAUAAACAUUAUAUACGGAGUAUAAGAGAGAAAACUACCUCACAUCCUCCACAAAUGUGUAAUGGUUCACCUAAUAACAAUUUUGUUUCACCGUCUUCCACAUUUUCAUUACUUAAUUAAAUAAUUCCAUUUUGAUUAACUUGUUGUCCUUCAAUCUAACAUAACUUUCCAUCAUUAGAUUGUUAGUUCUUUGAGUUUUUUUCAUACAGAGUAUAUCUUUUCGAUUGCAAGAACUUCUACUAUGCAGGUUUAUUAUUAUGAAUAGUGUGAACUUUUGAUUUGCAAGUUUAUUUUCAUUAGACUUCUUAUUUGCUUCUUAUUUUUUUUAUUAGAACUAAUUAGAUUUUCAUUUGCGGGUUUUUUAUAUAUUAACCCAGUGCACAUCAAAUUAUAAAAUACUUUAAAAGUAUUCUUAAAUAAAUUUAGUAUUUUUAGAUUUUUCCUUUCAUGGCUUGAUUUUGACUUUAGAGACCGUUUAGUAGUACUGAAAACAGCUGAAUUUGUUGAAAUGGAUGAAAUUCUGAGAGAAGUGGUUGAAUUAGUUGAAUCUUUUGGUGUAUGGAUGAAUUUAAUUUAAAUUACUUUUAUUAAUAAAAUAAAGAAAAAAAAUAUAUGAAAUGUAGCUAAAUAUGAUCACCUACAGUAACUUCUCCAAUUCAGGCAACAAAAUAGAUCAGGAAAUGUAUAUAAAUAAUCUUAAACAUAAUUAUAGUGACCGUUAAUAAAUUUUAUUUAUAUAUUUGAUAUGGAUCUCAUAUGAAAGAUCACAAAAAAAUAUGAAUUUUGAUAUAUUAUUUAUAAAAUUUGAAUUAAAAAUGAAAAAGUUAUAACAGUUUAAAGAAAUUUGGGGUUUUUUAUAGCUUGGGGCCCACCAACUUCAUCUCCCCUCUUUUCUUUCAAUUUCUACGUGAGAAGUUCGACACUUUGAGUAAAAUGGCCACGUGUCAUUAGUAUAGCAAAUGAGACAAUUAAGGAGAACUCGACACCUAUGAUUUAUUAAGGGUAAAAUUGUAUUUUGAUAAGCUAUUUCUUUUCUUAUAUAUAAUAUAUAAAUAGAUAAUUAUAGUAAAUAAUUGUGAUAGUAUACAAAUAAUGGUUUCUGGGCCAGGUAAGUCAUGAGUUGAGUCGGCCCUUUUGAUUUAGUAAAAGAAUGGGAGGGAGGAAGGGAAGCAGAAAUUGGAUUUGGAAAUGGGCCUUAGAGUGCGAGAGACUACUUGAAGUUUCUCAAUAGUGUCCGUUCUUCUCUUUCUUUCAGUCACUGUAAUCCUGUUCGUUUCUAAAAUCUUCAUCAAUGAUAUACUAAUUUUCUAGUGCAAGUUUGGUGGAGGUAGAAGUAGUAGUAAUAAUGAGAUUACUCUUGUUGGAAAUUUUAAGGUAUUUCAAAUGAAUUAAAGUUUAAUUAAUUUAUGGGAAAUCUUUUAAGGCUCAAACGAUUAAAUUUAAUAUUAAUUUUUUCCAUGGCCAGUCAUAUGUCUAACGUUUUUUUACUAUUAUUUAAUUACACUCUGAAGCUUUUAAUUUUGCUUUAUCUCCUACAUUUAUUUCUAAAUUUUGAGCUGGUCAGUCUAAAACCUUUGAAUUCUUGCACUUGCUAACUUUCCUAACGUCAACCAUUUAAUUGGCAAAUAAAUGAUUUGAUUAAGUAACGUACCUCCAUCAAUUUUAUUCAUCUGAAUCUGUUUUUGAAUUCAAAGCCUUGAGUGUAUAAAUAUAUACUUGUGGCAGAUGAGAAAUAUGAUAGAGAUAGAAAACUACAAAACAAACUUUUCCUUUCGGUAUAUAUCAGCAUGCUCGGCUGCUAACUACUACCAUUUUGUGUACAAGGACCAAGUUUUAUACAGAGAUAUCAAUUUACCUUGAGCUAAAAUCCUUUAUUAUUAUUGGGUUCAUAUAUUGUUUUCUUCUCGUUAGUUCGGGUACCGGUUUUAUAAUCGAAGGGCUCGUUAUAUCUUGGGGGAAAUUUCCGUACGCCGGAAAUAAUUCCUUAGGACAGCGUCUGACGCGUCUCGAGCCACUAAUAUACUUUUAGUUCUUUUUAGUGAUUAUCUUGCAGGUCCAUUCCCGGAGCUAGAUGAUCAACGAGGUCAACUUAGUAGCAACACGGGCAACAAGUUGAUUUUGGAAAGCAAAUUUACGGCGAACAAAUUUAUACCUACGGAAUAGUCAACGUGCCCGAAACUCCCCGUGGGACAAGCAAAUUCUAGCUCCCAAUGAUGGUCAAAUUACGUUCUUUUUAGUGAUUAUCUUGCAGGUCCAUUCCCGGAGCUAGAUGAUCAACGAGGUCAACUUAGUAGCAACACGGGCAACAAGUUGAUUUUGGAAAGAUAGAGCCAACAACUCUUGAUGACAAAGAGAUAUCAGUGUUUUUGAUAUGUUCCGUAAAUUGGGAUCCAUAAUUAAAAAGGAUGGUGAAUUAGAUGGAGAUGUGUCUCAUAGAAUCAAAGCCGAGUUAAUGAAAUGGAAGAGUGCAUUAGGAUUUCCAUGCGAUCGAGGGAAGAGAGGCAUUAACAUUGAUUGGAAGAGGAGACUUGGCAUAGCUCUUGGUUCAGCCAGAGGAUUAGCUUAUCUACACGACCUAGCUAAUCCUCCCAUUAAUCAUGGAGAUGUGAAAUCCACAAAUAUUCUACUGGAUGAGAACUUAACAGUAAGGUUGCUGAUUUUGGCAUGUCCAAGCUUGUAAGUGCCGCCACAAAAGGACAUGUAUCCACACAAGUCAAAGGCACAUUGGGUUAUUUGGAUCCGGAAUACUAUAUGAGCGAACAGCUAACGGAGAGAAGUGAUGUAUACAGCUUUGGCGUUGUAAUGCUUGAGUUGAUCACAGCCAAUUGACAAGGGAAAGUACAUUGUGCCAGAGGUUAAGGCGAACAUCAAGGAUGGGGAGGAACAUGUUGGAUCCCGGUAUAAGAAACGCCAUUGGGACAAACUCCAUAUCUGGAUUGGCAAUGCAGUGCGUGGAAGAAUUAACUGUUGAGCGGCCAACAAUGAGUGAAGGAACUCGAAACCAUCCUCCUCCUAGAUCAGAACCAUGAUGAUGAUGAUAAUGAUGCUGAUGGGCUGAACACAGCAUCCUCCAUGUCAGCUUCCUCCUCUGCCACAUACUUCGGAUCGUCAACAAGAGCCGGUAUCCCCCUUGCACACCCGUACAAAGAUAAUGCCUUCCUUUGAUUAUAGUGGUGUCACAUUCUGAGCAACAAUUGAACCCAAAUGAACCUGCUGCCCUGGACAUUUUGGAUUUAUAUGUCAACCCUGGAGAGAUAUUCUCUCCCUCCUUUAAAACUUUGUUAACUUUCCUUUUUAGAAUAUCCCAAAAAUUUUGCAACUUUUCGUUUGAAUCAACUAAUAUGUAAUUUCUGUUAUUUCUCUUCUCUACAAAAAGAUCAAUCACACAGUUUUUACUUCAUUAUCUUUCGUGUCAGUCAAACUUUACCAAGUUUUAUGAAAUGGAGGGAGUAUGCCAAUAGAUACAAAUAUGUAAUAAUGACUAAUGACAUUUAG